AUUACAAGACUCAUCCUCUCUAUAAAUAAGAGUGCUGCUCCAAAAAUAACAACACAAGAGUUGUAUCAAGAAAAGAAAGAGACAUCAAAAGAUAUGCCAUCGCCCAAGCUUCUUCUGAUCUCCUUCAUGAUGAUGGGGUUAAUAACCCAGCUAGCCUCCAUCACCCUUGCUCAAAACUCCCACCAAGACUUUGUCAAUGCCCACAAUGCCGCCCGAGCAAAGGUCGGCGUCGGGCCAGUCUCUUGGAACUACACCUUAGCUGCCUAUGCCCAAACUUAUGCCAACAAGAAGAUUGGCACUUGUGAGAUGCAACAUUCCUAUGGUCCUUAUGGUGAGAAUUUAGCCGAAGGGUAUGGCGAGAUGACGGCGGUGGAGGCUGUGAACUUCUGGGUGAGUGAAAAGAAGUACUACGACCAUCAUUCCAACCGGUGCAUCGGUGACGAGUGUCGCCAUUAUACACAAGUAGUGUGGCGGGGCACCAAGCAUGUGGGUUGUGCUAGAGUGAAAUGUCACAACAAUUGGAUCUUUGUGAUAUGCAACUAUGAUCCUCCUGACAAUUAUGUAGGCCAAUUUCCUUACUGAAAUUAUAAUUAAGAUAUUGAAAACUUGAUGAACUACCCAUAAUUGUGAUUCAAAGAUAAUGAUGUUAUUAUGAUCUUUACAAAUUAUCUUUUGGAACUAUAAUGAUAUAUUAUGCAUAGACAUUAUGUUGCCCAUCA